AUGGGUAAAAGACAACAUCAAAAGGAUAAAAUGUACUUAACGUACACGGAGUGGACGACGCUAUAUGGAGGUAAAAGGUCUGGCACUGCUAAGGAGGAGGAUACCAGUUUCAAGCGUUUACCAUAUGAUCACUGCUGCCUAUGUCUUCAGCCUUUUAACGAUCCCUAUUGCGACGCUGAUGGCAAUAUAUUUGAAUUACAGGCUGUAUUAGAGUUUCUAAAGAAAUUUAAGAUCAAUCCUGUUACGGGUAAGAAAUUGGAUAUAAAAUCUUUAACAAAAUUAAAUUUCUUCAAAAACGCACAAGAAGAUUACCACUGCCCUGUACUAUUUAAGCCGUUUACUAAGAAUUCUCAUAUUGUUGGGAUCAAAACUAGCGGCAAUGUAUACUCAUAUGAAGCGGUUGAACAACUUAACAUCAAAGGGAAGAACUGGAAGGACCUUAUUAAUGAUACACCAUUUGCAAGAAAUGAUAUCAUUACAAUACAAGACCCUAAUGACUUGAAGAAGUUCAAUAUAUCAACAUUUCAUCAUGUGAAGAAUAAUUUAAGAGUGGAGACUGAAGAAGAAAUAGCCCUAAGAAAGGAUCCUCAUGCAAGACUUAAACAUGUAUCAGCGGAAACAAAAGACAUCCUUGCAGAAUUGGAAAAAGGGUACAAAGCUCCAGAAAAAACAGAAGUUAAAAAAGAGGUUGCAGAUAAGUUUAAUGCAGCUCAUUAUUCAACCGGUGUGGUGGCUGCCAGUUUCACAUCCACUGCUAUGAUGCCCGAGACAGUGCAUGAAGCUGCAAUAAUAUGCGAAGACGAGGUCAAAUAUGAUAGAGUGAAGAAAAAAGGUUAUGUGAGAUUAGUAACAAACCUUGGGCCGUUGAACUUCGAGUUAUACUGCGACAUGACGCCGAAAGCGUGUGACAACUUUAUAAGGCAUUGCAACAGUGGAUACUACAAUGGUACCAAAUUCCAUAGGUCUAUACGUAAUUUCAUGAUACAAGGUGGGGAUCCAACAGGCACAGGACUAGGUGGUGAGUCUGUUUGGAAGAAACCCUUUGAAGAUGAAGUUAAACCGAAUUUGCAUCACUCAGGUCGUGGAGUUCUGUCUAUGGCCAAUUCUGGACCAAAUACUAAUGGCUCACAGUUUUUCAUCACAUUUCGCUCAUGCAAACAACUUGAUGGUAAGCACACAAUAUUCGGCAAAUUGGUCGGAGGUAUGGACACUCUAACUGCCAUGGAACAGAUAGAGGUUGAUAAUAAAGACCGGCCGAUACAGGACAUCGUGAUUGAAGUUGCUCAAGUGUUUGUUGAUCCGUUCAGUGAAGCAGAGGAACAGCUGGCAAAAGAAAGAACAGAAGAAUUAAAAAGAAAAGCCGAGUCGGAAGGCUCGAGUGUAAGACCGAAAAAAGCACAACAACCAUUGAAAGUAUUUAGAAAUGGCGUAGGCAAAUACCUCAAUUUACAAGAACUAUCUACAACUAGUAAACUUCAAACAAAAACUCAAGAAGUGCCAGCUAAGAAACCUAAAAAGGAGGGUGGUUUUGGCUUUGGUGGUUUUGACAACUGGUAA